AUGGAUGCCUAUCGACGCAAUAUUUGUUGUGAAACGGUGGUCAUAAUACCACCGCCGCCACCGAAUGUGUGCUGCCAGCCACAGCUUCCGAUGUAUCCGCCUAUUAGACCAUUUCCGACCAGCCUGCCACCCACCCAACUGACAACACAGACCCCGCUUGUCAUAGUGCCGCCGCCCACUCGACCUGUUGUAGUGCUGCCACCACCGUCACUGGCAUAUCCGCCGAUACAAAGUCCAUGUUGUGCCACAUGCACGACCUAUGGCUACUAUGGACCUCCGCCAUGCGUUCGUUUCACAUUGCCCCGAAAUGGACCAAGUCGUAUAUUGUUAUAUGUUCCACCAAUUGGUUGA